CCACUUUAGCCUUUAACUUGUUUUGAAUGUGCCGCUGGAACUGUUGUGCGCAUGCGCAAAAGAGGUGACGUAUAAACUUCCAAAAUAAAUGCCACUAUUACUUUAUUCGAUUGGUACUGUAUUGUUAGUUCUUAUACAUGAGUAACACAAAUCCCACGAAAGGGUAAAUUUGAUAUAGUUAAAUACCUGGGAGUCAUUUGUUGAAUUUUUUGGGGGGAAAUUAUACUCAAUAUUUUCUCUGUACAAUGGCAAAGUGUGUGUUAUUUGUUAAAUAAAAAGUCUCCACAAUUUAUCUGGUCAUGACACAAAUAAAAUGGCACAAUGAGCAUGGGCUACUUUAUCGAACUGUUUUAUUGAAUGUAAUCCAGAUAUGGCAUAAUGAGACCGCCUGUUCGUGAGGGGGAGGUGGGAGAUCAAACUUCCCUCCCAUCAACUAUGUGAGCGUGUGUGUAGACAGCUCGUUGUGCAGAGCUCUCUGGUCUGGUCCAGUCUGUUGAGCAACCUGUAGGAGGGUGCACGGCAGUUUAAAGCAUGAAAAGUAGAAACACGCAGCUCAAAGGACGAGUGAGAGGAAGGUGAGCUCCCAGCAGCUGAACUCUGAAAGGUUACCCAUAGGAAACCAUGUGCAGCUCCCUAAGUCCCAAACAUCCGAGCAGCCCCGGCCUGACGGACAUGCAACAGUACCACCAGUGGUUGGCCAGUCGACAUGAAGCCAGCUUGUUGCCUAUGAAGGAAGAUCUCGCCCUCUGGCUCACCAAUAUGCUUGGCCUGGAAAUCACCACUGAGAGCUUCAUGGAACGCUUGGACAACGGCUUCCUCCUGUGCCAGCUGGCUGAGACGCUGCAGAAAAAGUUCAGGCAAAAUAGUGGAGACCUGUCUGCUCUCAACAAUAGAAAGGUUAUUCCUUACCGGAGGAUUCCAUGCCGGCGGACUGCGCCGUCUGGCUCUUUCUUUGCCCGGGACAACACAGCCAACUUUCUGUCUUGGUGUCGUGAAGUUGGAGUGGGGGAAACGUGUUUGUUUGAAUCUGAGGGUUUAGUUCUUCAUAAGCAGCCACGAGAAGUCUGCCUCUGCCUGUUAGAGUUAGGCCGGAUCGCAUCCAGUUACAACGUGGAGCCCCCCGGCCUUAUCAAACUGGAGAAAGAGAUCGAACAGGAAGAGAAAGCACCUCUACCUCCUCCAUCUCCAGCAUCCCCAGUUCAACCCCUCCCUCCAUCACCCUCAUUGUCACCCACCCCGUCGCCGACUCUUCCCAAAGUCACCUUGAGCAAGAAGAGCACUGGGAAGCUGCUGGACGAUGCUGUAAGACAUAUUGCUGACGACCCUCCCUGCAGAUGUCCCAAUAAAUUCCACGUGGAAAGGCAUUCGCAAGGCCGAUACCGCGUUGGGGAAAAAACGCUCUUUAUACGAAUGCUGCACAACAAACAUGUGAUGGUGCGUGUGGGAGGAGGAUGGGAGACAUUCGAGAGCUACUUGCUCAAGCACGACCCGUGCCGCAUGCUCCAAAUCUCCCGUGUGGAAGGGAAGACGUCCCCCGUCGGUGGAAAAGGCCUCAACAUCAAGGACCUGACGCCUGAUAGCUACCUGGUGGUGGCGGUGGCCAACCACCGCAGCAAAAAGUCAACACAGGAGACUGCACCAUGAUGAAGACUGUAGGUGCGAGACAUUCAUGUAGACAUUUAAAGUCAACUGGCUGUACAUGGUGUACAUUUCAUUUCAUAAUAUUAUAACCAAGAUAGUUUUUUUUCCCCCACAUUAUUUUUCUUUUUAGUUAUGUGCCUAAAUCUAUAACUUCAUUGGACUUUUUAACCGAUACAGUUUAUAUUCCAUGCCAGUGGACUUUGAAUAAUAUUUUUCUCAUUAACACAAAGUUGACCUGUGUACCACAUUAAAACUGUGACGCUUAAGUGAAUGUUGAUUUACAAAGUGAAAAAAAAAUAAAAAAUAGCGAAGCCCAAAGUGGUUUGUUAUCCAUUGUUCAGAGCACUCCCAUGUUUACAUAUACAUAGUACUAUUACAAGAUAUGGAAACCUCAUUUGUAUAUAUUUUCUUGUUUAUCCAUUAUUAUUUUAUAUACUCUCAUUUUAUGGACUCAUUUGAGUAACAGAAGUGAUUUUUUUAGCAUAGAAUUAGCAAAUGCAAUAUAUGAUGUAUAGCCACAUGCUACUGUAUUUAUGCUAAUAGCACGCUGGCACUAAGACCAUUACUGAUUCAAAAGAAUAAAAUUAACAAUUAAAAGAG